CACGGUGCUGCCGUCGAGAGCCGUGAGAGCGGGAGGCCGGGAGGAAUAAAAGCCACCAAGCCCCCCCUCAGAGCCCAGGGAGCCGGGCAGAGCUCUGGGGUCCCACCGGAGAGGGCUCUCCCGGCCGGCUUCCACCCGAGGCUGGAUUUUGCCUUUCCUCUGCCCCGUCUCCCACACUGCAGGAUUUGGCACCCGCCGCGCUCUCAGGCACCCCAAAGGCUCACCGCAAUGGCUGCUGGCCUGGAGAAAGCUUGCCACCGGUGCAUAUCUAAAAUUGCCAGCAACGCAUGCUUUAUAUUUGGGCUCCUCGCUUUCCUUGCCUUACCACUGUCCAUGACUUUUAUAGGAAUGAAGUUUUUGGAAGACUGCCCAGUUCAGCCACUGAUUCCCUUAUAUCUGUUGGUGGGUGGUGUGAUUGGCAGCUUAAAGGUGACUCUCCUGCUGUACGACUCAACCAGGAUGAGGCAGCUGCUUUCCAAGUCUGUUGUGAUUGAUGAUGAUGAUGACGACGAGUAUCCCUGGAGGCAGAAUGCUCACAAGUACUACAUCCAUCUAACCCUCAGCCUUUUUCUCUUUCUCUGGUUCAUUCUUGGGAACUACUGGGUUUUUUCUGUGUAUCUGCCAAAUUUCAUCCCUCCUUUUCAUCAGCCUCAGGAUUACUGUGACAAAACCCUGUACAUUUUUGCUGUUGGUGUUCUCAUUAUUAGCCAUACUGUUCUGUUUCUCCUUGUCUUUUGUAGCUGCUGCAUAUACUGUUUUUCCAGGCAAAGAUUCUCUUCUGAGGAAGACUAAAGGCUACAUAAAUAAAUCUCCAGAUGUUUGGGAAAGUGUGUACAACAAAGAACAGGCAAUAAUUCACCCUUGUGUACAUCUCUGUUGUACAAUAUAUGUGUGUGAUAGCAGUUAACUUCAAGGGGAAAUUAUAAAAUACAGUGCCAUCUAGAAAUAGCUAUGCUGGAAUACAGUAUAGUCUAUGCAAAAAUGCUGCUGCAGGUGCCAGGGUGUAGUCCUGCUAACUUCUACAUCCCUUUCUUAACUCUUGCAGAUGGCAAACUCCUCUAAAACGAGGUGCCCCUUUUGCUGUAUAUAGCACAGCAGAUCCUUGCCUAUAAAAGCAGCCAUGUUGUCCUCUUCUCUGGGAUCUGAACAUCUCCCCAUAGUCUUGCUGAGGUUUGUUAUUGUCCCUGCAUUACAGAUGAGGGAGCUAAGACAAAGGGUUGUAUUCAGGACACUUUGCAUAGCACAUGGACUCUGACAGUAACUGAGAUGCUCACUAGAGAGCUAUUCAGGCCGCUGUCAGACUGGCCUGUAAGUAGCUGUGAUAGCAAUACCAGCAUGGAUAAAAGGCAGCCUGAAUAUGGCCCUCAGGUCUCUUCCAAACUUGGACUAGGGAGCAUCUGUAUCUAAUGUGGCUAAACCAGACAGUAUGAAUACAUCCCUAUAUAUCCAAUUCAUCCAAAACUGAGCCAAGGCUGCUUUGCAAGUCUUUGGCAGAACAAGGAACUGAGCUAUUGUCAGAUUGGUGCUUCAGCCAGGGCUCAGCAUUCCCCCGUCAGGGGAUACACUUUUUCUACAGCAGUAAUUCAUCAGUAUCACAAUAAAACAAAGGUGGCUGUCAAACAAUUGUGAUUAAGUUAAUAGAAAAACCGAUGACGUUACCUUGGCAUUUGAAUAUAAACCAUAACAAUAAGACAUGGGUGGGGAUGUGAGAAUUUCAGACAGAUGUGUUCACUGCAGCAGUUCUCUGGUUGUGGUGUGAGUGUACAUUCGAUUUGUUAACCUUGGUGCUGUACAUAUGGAAAUCUGUACUUAAUGGACAGAUGUCAUGCAAACAGCUUUUUAGUCAGCAGCAGCAUUAAAAGCACCACCAUGCACAGAGACAAUUUUUUGUGACAUGUAGUGGAACAACACCAGAAGUGGUCCUGGUAGUUUUGUUUUUUCAUGUGUUGAUGAAAACAGUGUAAAAGUGCUCUUUCUGCUUUUGCUCUUAUGCACUUAUGUUAAUGUGGUCAAAAUGGAGAGGCUGCCCUCUAGAUGAGGGUGGGCCAAGGCACAUGAAAAAGAUGUGUGUUUUGUGUAUUUUGUCUGUUAAAACUCAUGCAGCUAAAAUCUGUGCUUUAGAGAAACCCAGAAGGGUUAUAAAAUGUCUGUGAAAGGGUGAGAUACGUAAAAGAGCUCAAAAAUAUGCCACAGCUGAACAGGGUCUGCUCAAGCAUCCUUCCUGGGACUGAGGCUGAAAGCAGUGUAACAUCUGUGGGAACCACCUCUCUUCAAACAUGAACAUUUAUCUCACCAGCUAUUGUCUAGAUAAGUAAGCCUUUGGUUUACAAGGGUUUUAAUUCAGGCCCCAGAUUUAAGAAUUUUUUAUCUCCAGAGAAUUCAUCUUAGAAAGAAGGUAGGAUAAAGAUGAAAUAACCUGUCAUGAGGGCAGUGUCAGUGUAGCAUUCCCCUGCUCUGCAGCAUCCAUUCAGGAGAGGUCACAGCCAGGCUGCCCCAUUCAGAAAUCCAUGGAAUAGGUAUUACUAAUACUGCUGGCUGACUUAGGCCAUGCACAGUUUGACACAGGGAAAUGUGACCAAUGGAAAUCUUUUAUUUGUGGGCCUCAGAUUUGAUCUGGGAAAAAUCAUUGCCUCUGUUUCCCAAAGAGCUGCCCCACCACAUGCUCUCCAUUGCCCCUCACUUUUCUGAAAUAUAACCGCUGCCAGUGGUGAAAUGCUAAAAUUCCUCUUUCCCACUACAAAUGGCUCACCACUUGAGCUUCUGGAUUUCAGGGUUCAGUUCUGAACUGAUCUGCAGGAUUUUGCCUUCAGUGGAGAGCAUCUUUCAUUUUUUAAGAACCCAAAAUGUUUAAGAAAUUGCCUAUCAGAAGGCAUAACUCCAUCCAUCACUCAAAUGUAACAAAGCAGCUGUUUAUCAUUACACGGGAACUUUACCCAGAAACCUGGAUCAGGCAUAGAACCAGAAAAUUAUACUCAGUUGAUAAUGCAAAAAAAUUUAACAAGAAAGUAGCUCCACCCACAGGGCUCCAGUACAAACUUCCUAUGUCUUCCAAAAUACCCCUAGAAUCAUUCCUAAUCACCAGGAAGGGCUAAUACUCCUGAUUUAAGUCUGAAUUGAUCCCAGUGACCUCACAGCAAGAGAUGACAUCCUCAUAUUGAGGCAAAUAAGAGGAGAUUUUAGUUCAGCCCAAAGGAGAAGAGAUGUAAGGUGACCUUGCCUUGUGUUUGCUGUGUGCUUUUGUGAGCAUGGUUACAGCAGCUCAGCAGAUGUGCAAUGAUUUGCCAAAUGCAGCCACAUAACAGUAAACCUGAGGCCUACACCUCAUUCACGGGAGGCUAAGACUGACUGUUUCUCUACAAUCAGACACGGGGGAUCAAUUCUUCAGAUAUGACAACCCAGUGCAUCCACUGACAUCUUGAAAAAGUGCUGCCAAGUCACUGUUCUAGUGUUCAGUACCUGGUUGGUGCAAACACAAAAUUUUAGAGGUGGUAUGAAUGAGGCAAAAGACAUUUGUGAAAUAUUUUGAAGUUAUACAAAGUAAACAAAACACUUUGCUCCAACCAAGAGAUAAAAAUUCUGCAUUGAGAAUAUUUACCUUUACCUUGUAAAGGUAUAGCAUCACUAUGCUAUGGCACAUACAAGUGAGAACAUCAACACCUCCAAAACUGUUGGAGCCAUUAAUUCUGUGCCCAAAGGGACCUAAGCAUGCCUUCUGCACUUUCAGCAGACUGGAAUCUCCCAGGCUUGGAGCAGGGACACCUGGUUUGGGCAUGUGAUUAGAUACACCUGAGUCACAAUGACUCUUCUGACCCACCAUCAGCUGCAUAGUUUGUCUCAACUUGCUCCAGUGGCUAAAUGAAGCACUCAAACCUAAAUGAAAGUAGUUUAACUGAAGACAUUUUAUCUCACUCAGGGGCAAGCUAUGAACAUGUGCGUGUGCCACAAGACCUUAACUUGCAAGCAGCAGCAUUUUGAACUGCCACUAACGAAUGGUGUCCCAGAUAAAUGCUCAGUCCCCGCAGAAGUAGGUGUGUCUCUUCAGCAAACAGCUGUGGGGGAAUUAAGUGGUUACAGCCCAAAGGUCAAGUGGCUGAAAGUACAGUCUACAUCUCAAAAUGUUUAAUUUGAAUUUUGCAACUAGACUAAAAUGACAAAUUGAAAAUGCUCAUUUUCUUCUCACAGUAAUAUAAAUGUCUACUGAAAAACUGAACAAAAUAUACCCUUAAGCUAAUUAAUAUGCACUCAGUGUUGAUUACAGUGCAGGAAACCAACUCUGUUUCACUUAAAUCACCUCUCCUUGAUAAAGAAAGGUCUAUUUCCAGUAUUUAAAGGGGAAAAAAAAAAAAAAAGGGCAUUAUUUCAGUGGAUUAGAUAGCCUGCUCACUUAGCUGUGAGUACUACAGAAAUCUAAUAAUAUGAAGACCCAAAGCCAAUUCUGUAUGCACACACUGACUCUAUACACAUUCAUAAAAGUGCACUGUCAGGAGCCAUGAGAAAUAAGUUACAUUUAUUACAGUUUAUUGCCCACAGUAUAUUUGUCCUCCUACUACUCCACCUUCUUUAGCAAUAGGCAUAAGAUUCCAAAGCUCUAGAGAGUAGCGUUCCACCGCUAUUUUAGAAGCAGCAGACAGACAAGCAACUCUUCACUCCAUAUGUUGAACACAAAGAGUUCCUAACUGCUGGCCCAAAGAAGAGAGAAAAGAAGAGCAUCAGACAUAUCAGAGACCUCAUCUUCUCAAGACUGGAAACCAGAACAAUUUCAGAGAUGAUGAUUUCUCUCACAGAGCACUUGCUCUGAGUUUUAUGAGGUCCCAAGACAUCAGACUUUAAAACUACAAGAUAACUGUGCAGAAAAAAAAAUAACCUAGAAUAGCUUCUGCUUCUUUAUGCUAAGAGCGAUUUCAAAUGUCCCAGAUCCUGAAAUAGGAACAGUGUAAAAGAUCCUAAAUUCUUUGAGUUUACAGGCAAAGCGCUACAAAGAUUAAACUGAUGAUAACUCAUAUGUCUUGUACAACAUUUUAAACUAGACCAGUUUAUGUAAGUUAUCUUGAUUUUUUUCUCAAUCUUCUCCAAAUUCUAGUUGAUAGGGACUUUGCAUCACAACAAGGACCCUUGUAUGUUCUUCAUACAACACAGAAAGGAUUGUUACAUCAGCACAACUUUCUGUUCGCUGCUGGAGUAGAUGCAAGUCUGACAGGUAUUAGCC